GGGGAAUUAUGAAAUGACAUCACCGCCGUUUUCGCCUUGGCUUUGUUUGGCGCUUCACGUAACCACGCCUUCCUGCCUGCUCCCCCAUAAAGCAGCCAGGCCCCGCGCGUGUGCACCAGUUGAACUCCGGCACCUCGUGGACAACAGGUGCACGACGACGCAGCAGCCGCUCGCCGCCCCGCUGUUGGAUCAUGCACACGGAGCGCCGCUCGUCGCUUUGCGCAGGGCCUCCUUGCCCAUCUGCACUUUGAACAUUUUUUUUGCACGUUUUUUUUUUUUAUCCUGAUCGCUUCCAGCCACAAAGAAAAUGCCUUUUCCGCCCAUCAGCCUCCACCAGCGGAUCUCCUCUCCGGGCAGGGAACUAUUCGGGAAAAAGAAAGCCAUCGGGGCGACUGCCCACAGCGAGCACACCAGCAAAUCCGGCGGAGAGAAGGGAGGCUCCGAUAAGGAGAAGCAGUCCACUUCUUGGACAUCGGCUAAUUUAAGGAAUCUGGGGCGAAAGGCCCCGCAAGAGAAGCGUAAAAGCUCCGCUCAGAAGGCGGGUGCCGGCCAGGAGACGCAGGAAAAGAGCUCCUGGCUGUCGGUACCGAAACCUCAGGACUCGUCCGAGAGAGUCAGGCGCUCCAGCUCCAUGGACUCCGCCAGGCACCUCAACGGCAGAGAGGAGGGGAAGAGGGAGGUCCAGUUCACCCUCAGCCUCACGCCCGAAGCCAUCCUUGUCAUCCAAAAACGGAAUCUCGAAAAGCAGAUGAUCGCUAAGCAGCAGAAGUGUUGCGCCUCCGCGGACUUUCGCCACAGGCGGGUUUUUCCAUCCAAAAAGACGCACGGAGCGUCCAAGGGCUGCGACCCCGUCGCCAAAGUGGAGCACGGCACCGAGCAGGACAUCACCGCCAUCGUUAAGAUCUCGCUGUUGAACGAUCAAUACAAGUACGACGACGUGGAGUACGAAGAGGAGGACGCAGACGUGGAUGAGACCGUCGUGAGGAAGUGUAAAGAGUGGCUCAAAGGGGUCGAGAACGCCGCCGCUUUGGGGAAAGUCGACAAACUUUCUACACUCCCGCACCUUAAAAGCUGCUGACACCUGAAGUUUGAGUUGUUGUUGUUUUUGUUUUUUUACUUUCUUUUUGUUUUACGCAGACUGAAGGAAUGAUGGGGGGCCGCGGCGAUGGGCUCUUGAAUUGAAGUAUUGUAAAUGAACUGUUUGCAAAAGAGAGGGGAAGAAAAUCCUCUCCACAGGAAUGUCUACUUCUUUUUGAAGCAAUUUGCUAAGAUAGAUGUCACAAAUAAAUUACACGUAUUGAAAAAGGAAAAUAUACAAUCUGCGUUGGCGUUCAAACGAAUGGGACAUUAAAGGCGAAUUGCAACCAACAGUGCUUCUUAUAUGCGCCACAGGGUCGUUGCUUUGCUAGUUUAUUGCCUGUUCAAUGUUUUUUACAGUUCAAACUGAAUACCUUAAUAGCGUCGUCCUUUGCACAUGUUCUUUAGUUUUCCGUGGGGGGGCUGCGGGUGGGCACAGGGCUCCGCGUAAAGGGACGUGGAAGCGUUUCUUUGUGCUGGAGUACAAUACGCUGUCAACAACGCGGCUUUAUACGCCUGCUGCUGAGACCAAACUGGACUGUUUUUAUCUUCUCUGCUGCGAGGGUGAUGUCCUUUUGUAGGGAUGUAUCAGCAAUGUACAGUAUUUAAUAUUGGCUAAAUAUUUGUACUGUCAAAAUUGAUGACUUUAUGCCAUUUUAAGUAAAAAAUGUUUUUUUUUUUAUCAAUUA